AUAAGUACAUACCUACAUACCUACUUUCACAGACUUUCAGUAAAUUCAGUCUUUACAGGGACGCUCCGGACGAAGUUCCGAUACGUCGACGCGGCACUUCUUCACCAGGAAAGCAUGUCUGUCAGUCCUUGUUGUCCCCUCGACAAGCGGCUAUUAUUGAGUAUCACAUCCUGGGAGUGGAUCAUCUCGGCGGCUAAUAAAGCAAACGGGACUUUUAAAAUCGCCAGCAGCUCUCUGAGCUCUCUGCUCGUAUGGACCCUACAUGGACCUUACUACUGUACAAGUCUACAACAUUCACGAUUUUUUGCAAGGUCUUGAAACUGUGCACUGUUACACGGACAGGCUGGCGACCUCCUGCUCAUUAUGUUGGUUCUGUAGUCCAGCUUGCUGCGGUGUCCCGGUAAGAACGACCUUUCAAGCGGGCCUUUGCAUGCAUACCCCCCCUUUUCAAGGACGUUUGGUAUACACAUUCCACCAUGGCAAUCACCAUUUCCCUCGUUGAAGAC